CCCCUUCUUACACCCGCCAGCAUACCCCAAGCACAUCAAGUUAGCAACAAUGGCCCUUAACAUGCGCAGCUCCUUUAAGGCGGUGGGCGCUCGCGCUGCCAAGCCAUCGCGCGGCGUCGUGCGCGUGCAAGCAACCCACCGGGUGGAUAAGUGCAAGAAGAGCGAUAUUAUUGUGUCACCAUCGAUCCUUUCAGCGGACUUUGCUCGCCUGGGCGAGGAGGUCCGCGCCAUCGAUGUCGCUGGCUGCGACUGGGUCCAUGUAGACGUUAUGGACGGUCGCUUCGUGCCUAACAUCACCAUUGGCCCGCUCGUCGUUGAGGCGCUGCGCCCAGUUACGGACAAGGUGCUCGAUGUUCACCUGAUGAUCGUGGAGCCUGAGCAGCGCAUUCCCGACUUCGCCAAGGCUGGCGCUGACAUCAUCUCGGUUCACGCUGAACCCUCCUCUACCAUCCACCUGCACCGAACCCUCAACCAGGUCAAGGACCUAGGCUGCAAGGCGGGUGUGGUGCUCAACCCCGGCACCAGCCUCUCCACCAUCGAGGAGGUCCUGGACGUGGUGGACCUGGUACUCAUCAUGUCGGUCAACCCCGGCUUCGGCGGACAGAAGUUCAUUGAGAGCCAAGUAGCCAAGAUCCGCGCCCUCAAGCGCAUGUGCCAAGAGAAGGGAGUUAACCCCUGGAUUGAGGUGGACGGCGGUGUGACCCCGGAGAACGCCUACAAGGUGAUUGACGCGGGAGCCAACGCCCUGGUGGCGGGCUCAGCCGUCUUCAAGGCCAAGUCCUACCGCGAUGCCAUCCACGGCAUCAAGGUCAGCAAGGCGCCCGUCCCGGUCAUGGCGUAAACAGUUCGGAGGCAGUAUUUGUACCAAAGCUCGAAGGGGAGAUAGCUGGACGAAGAGACAAUUUUGGUGU